AUGAAUAUUGCUAAGUCUGCUCAUGCUAAUGCUAAUCAAGAAGGCAUUCAAAUGAGUUUAUUGCUAGCAAUUAAAAAAAAAAAACGAUUAGAUGAAUGUCAUUUCACAACAUGUAGAUAUCAAAGUAACUACAAUGUUUCAAAAACUGGUCACUCAUCAGGUCCUAUAGCUAGAGCUACUAAAUCAAUUAAACGAUUAGAAAUUGAAAAACAAGCAAAGUUAGCUAAUCUUCAUGCUCAAGAACUAGUGAAUAUUGAAAAAAAAAAUUAUUAG